AGAAAAAUACCAGACUGUUGUGUACUUGUGUUGGAAAAUUUUGACAAGAAAUAGAUUAUUCUUCUAGCUAAAUACAGGUAAAUCGAUGCAUUAAAAGAUUUUAGAACUCGUGUAGCACACGGCUUCAUGAUGAGGCGAGCCAACGCCGACAGCUCGCACAAUAUUACCGUAUCUAUGGUACACGAUUUCUUCAAUUUAUCUGCACCAAAACCAAAGACUGAGGCUUGUCCCAAAGUGAAAGGUAGACAGCCAGAGGAAUUUAAUGAUGGCACCAGAGAGGCUGGAAUUAAUUUCAAGUUAAUGAAGACUGAAGAUCGUGAAAGGUAGGUUAUACUGAUUUAAACGAGACUAAAUGCAAAUAUAAAUUGAACAAGCCAGUAUAAAGCCACAACAUAUUUACAUGUAUUAUUAUUUAGGGUCUUCCAGGCGUUUUUAAUAGCGAACAAGGGUGUAUUUUGCAAUGGGAACACAGGAGCAAAACCCAAAAAAUCUUAGGGAACAUGGUGAACCUUUUUGGGAACAAAGGAGAAUUUGUUAAGUGAACACUGAACAUGCACACUAUAACCCCCCCUGGGAGGCCCUCGUUACCAGGGUGCAUUCCGUGUAAACUCUACGCCGAAGAUACACCAAUAUUAACUAUAAAUAGUAUUGGAAUUUGCCAAACUCACGCCGGAUAUUGUCACACUUUUGUGCACAGAAUGCACCCUGGCCUCAUUAUUUGGCUGUCUGUCUGAACCCAAGGUGCAUUCCAUGUAAACUUUAGAUGUAUGCUGGAGAUGUGCCAACAUUCGCCCUUGAUCGCACCAAUAUGUCAAAAAAUUUACUUUGGGGGAAGCCAUGUCGAAAGAGACAAUUCUAUAAUUAUAUGAAAUAGACAAUUCUAUAAUCAUAUGAAAUAGAUUAAGAACACGUUGAUCUUUCGGCCAUUCUUCAUCAUGAAAAACCUUCGAUUGAAAUGUCAAAGUGAUUUUUGAUGUAGUUUAGACACAAACCACAGGGUCUGAAAUUUAAAUAUCUUUUCAGUAUCCAACUGGGGUACCAGGAUUCAAAGUUUAGUACCCCCCCUCCCCCCCUGUGAAUGCAGUAUCCCACCUCUGGAUAGUGGUUACCAUAAGUAUUCUACCCUGUCCCAUCCAAUAACUCUCGCUGUUACAAAUUACAAUAACAACAGUUGUCAACAACUAGACAAUUUAUUAAUACACAAAAGUGCACAUUAUAUGAGGAAAGGCUUGGGUGGCAAACUCAUAGUAUUCAAAAGCUAUCAGGAGACUGUCAGAGGUGCUUAACAUUUUCCUAAUGUUUGAAAUUUUCUUAGUAUCCAGUUGGGAUAUAAGUCAUUCACAGUUUGGUAUCCAAAACCAAAUUUUAGCAUCCCGUGGAUAUCGGGAUACUGCAAAUUUCAGACACUGAACCAUGAUCCAUGCCAGCAUACCUACACUUGACCCACACAUUUGCCAACACUGUAGUAUGGAAAAUAUAUAUUUGGGUGGCUGUAAUCCCUGAUACAGUAAACUAUGGUAAAUUUCUCUUGGUGCAAAUAGUGUUGCAAAUGGCAUUUUGACAAUGAUGCAAAUGGCAAUUUUCACAAAUACAGGUAUGGUCCUCACUAAAUUUUGGUCUAGACAAAAAUUUCAUCACAACUUGAAAGAGCAUCACAAAAUUAGUAAUAUUCCAAAGUUUCGUUGCGAAAUGUUGUAAAAUGCGGAUAAUAUAGCCUUGCGAAAUUUGCAAUUUUCAGUCAUUUUGUAUUGCAAAUGGGAAAUUGAUGCCCCAACACCCGAUUGGGCUGUCAAUUUCCCGUGCAUAAUACAAAAUGACUGAAAAACGGCAAAAAUUUGCAAGGCUAUAUUAUCCGCAUUUUAAAACAUUUCACAACUAAACUUUGGAAUAUUACUAAUUUUGUGAUGCCCUUUCAAGCUGUGAUGAAAUUUUUGUCUAGACUUGUCUAGAUCAAAAUUUAGUCUAUAAUGCAAAUGGUCCAUUUAGGGUUCCAGUACUUGUUGAAAUGUCAAACCAUAGCUGCAAAAUAAUUAAAUUGCCCUGCAUGAAGACAAGCAUUGAUUAUGAUUGCCAUAGUAAAUGUUUUGCAAAAUUUUAUUUCCAGCUAUCACAAUGAACCCAAUCUACCAACAGAAGAAGAUUUUCCAGAGCUUAAUGAGGACUUUCAAAAUCUUGACGUUGUGGACAACACACCAAGUCCAAUGCCUGUCAAGCUUGAAGAAGAUGAACAUAUAUUUGAAAAUUAUUCAUUUGAACAUACUUAUUCCCCAAAGCUGCCAAUCACAAAUUUCCAAAAUGAAGUUCUUAGUACUAUUGAAAGUAAUUCUGUCACCGUGGUUCAAGGUACGGCAGUUAUUAACUAAAUUAUUGUCCCAUCUACGCGAGGUUUGGGUGUAAUAAUAUAUGCUUUUGUUUAAAUCCCUGAUCUAAAGCAGGAAUUUCUGCAUUUAUGAAGACAAGGCUCUCACAUUUCCCAUUGCUUUUUCAGGUGCUACUGGUUCUGGGAAAACCACCCAAGUUCCGCAGUAUAUCUUAGACCACUACAUAAGACAUAAACGUUACUGCAACAUCAUUGUGACACAACCACGUCGUAUUGCUGCAAUUAGUAUUGCGAAACGUGUGUGUCAUGAACGAUCGUGGGAAAUGGGUGGUCUUGUGGGAUAUCAGGUGGCACGGGACAAGACAAUCAGUGAUGAUACGAGGAUAUCUUAUGUCACUACUGGGGUACUGCUGCAAAAAUUGAUCACAGCAAAAUCUCUUAAUGAGUACACACAUGUUAUUUUAGAUGAGGUAAUGUGGAUAUUAUACCGUGUUCAUAAUGUGAAAUAUUUUCUAUCCUGAUAUGAAGAUGCAAAGAUUAGGGAUAGGAUUAAAGACCAUGUAAAGUCCGUAAUGUAAACAAACGCUUUGUUUACAUUUUGAACUCACUGCUACAGUUGUAAAAUAUGUUUAGAUAUAUAUUUUACUGAAUUUUUAACACUCUUCUGGUUCGCUAUGCUUUGUAAAUGAAUACAGACUAGAGAUUCAAUUCAAGAAAGUUCAAAAGAUACGAAAUAUUAAUAACAUUCCAACGGUCGGGUCCCGACCAUUGAAAUGUAAGCCUGCGCAGAACGUAUGCGCAGAACGGACUUUACAUGGUCUUUAAGGGUUGAGAUUGUGGUUUGGAUUAAAAUAUGCAAAUUUCGGUAAAUAACCAAUUUCUCGUUUAUUUUAUAUUUCAACUAGUUUAGUUCAGUUAUAAAGACCUCUGUUCUUUAAACAGUCAAUAAACAAUUGCCAUCAAUAUCUAUUUUUGUAGGUACACGAACGGGACCAGGACACAGAUUUUGCAUUGCUUGUUGUGCGAAAACUUUUGAGAACAAACUCUAAACAUGUCAAAGUGGUGUUGAUGUCCGCCACAUUAGAUAGUGAUAUGUUUUCACGUUAUUUCUCGCUUCCCAUCAAUGGCAGACUGGAGGGUGCCCCUGUGGUCACAGUCGAAGGAAGAUCAUAUCCUAUUGAAGAAUUUUAUUUGAAUGAAGUCAUUGAAGCAGUACGUAAGGUGAGUAAUUCGGAAAGAAGUAAAUAAAAAGAAGUUAAGCCUAAUUUGCACUAUCAAAGUUUCUGUGAUCACAGUAGGAAUUUUGCAUGGAUAAAGUGUAGGUAAGUUUUGAAGGAUUUGUAAGAAGGGAACUGAGACAGUGUUUAACAUGAGAGUUUAUGGCUAACAACUCCAAAAAUCAUGUGCAGCUAGGUAUGGGUAUCUAAGCCUGGAGUUAAUGGCUGUGCCAUCAUAGGCUAAGCUCCAUUUGAAGAUUGGCCACCUCCACAAAAAUAAAAUCUGCUUAUCUGCAGGCAUGAAAAGCAGGUUAUUUUAAGAUUCGACUAUAGCUACAGCACAAGUAAGAGUACAAGUCAAUAUCUGUAUUUUUUAUGCCAAAUGCUAUAUUUCCCCCAUUAUAUUCAGUGCCUACUUAUGAUAGCAAAAUACUGUAUAUAGUUUAAUUAAGCUCUCUCAUGUACUGUAUAACCUUUUUCAUGAAGAUUUUAGUCUAACAGCAUAGCCUUAAUGCAAAAGAUUUAUGACACAGCAGAAACGUUAGUACCCCAGCAGAGCAUCUUGCCAAUGUCACAAUGUGGCCAGUCACUUCCUAGUACAAGAACAACAAAGAGUCACCUUAAGUUAUCUAUUUCAGCGGAGCCUACCAUUGUUAGACCCAGGAGAACCAGGCAUUGUCGAAGAACAAUAUCACACAGCUGCGUCUCUGAUUGGUCAGCUGGAUGCCUGGGAAAUUCGUGUGCAGGGUGCGACCGAUAAUGGGUUUGCUGGGGAGAGAGGAAGUGUGUUGGUAUUCCUACCUGGUAAGGAUUGCCCCCAUGCCCAUCACAAGAUAGGGAGAGGGGAACAGUUGAUCAAUAAUUCACAUGCAAUGGGUCCUUUCCUGUUUGAAUGUUUCCUUAUGGAUUUCCACCAGUGCAUCUUUUACUACCCCAAGUACAUGCUUUGCUUCUUGUCUAUCUGGAGUUUAUGUUAGGAGCCGACCAUUAGAGACAUGAUGACGGGGGGGGGGGGGGGGAUUGCCAAAGAAAAAAACUGCAAGGAGGAAGACAAAGAAGAGUACUUUUGAUAUUCCCCAAAAUAUUCCAGCACAAACAGACAGCAGAAAAAAAAAUUGUGCAUGUUGAAACCGAUCACUUUUCUAAUGGUCGGCCCCUUAAUGAUAAUUAUUAUGAUGUCACCAUGACGUCACACGUACGCAUUGUGUGCCUAUUUUUAAGUCAUUUGAGCAACUGCUCCCCUAUACCUUCACUAUUAAUUUGUGUUCUUUUUCACAUUGCUACUAAACUAUGUCUACAAAUGUUGUGAUAACAUUGUUAUCUCGUGACGUCACACGUACGCAUUGGGUACCUAUUUUUAGUAACAUUUUUUUAUCAGGUAAAGAGCAUAUUAAAGACAUGGAUAAAAUGUUGAAUGAUGUAUGUUGGGAAAGACAGUAAGUGUUUGCUGUCUGUAUGAUGACUCGAAAUGCAAAUAGUUGUAAGCCAAGGACCAAUCGAUCACGUUUUGGUUGACUCAAUAUUUUCGCCUAAAACUGUCGCAUGCAACCUGCUUACAACUUUCGUUGUGCUGUGUAAAUCAAGCACACAACUUACCUACAGUAACUAGGACAACGUAGACGAGUUGUGUGCUUGAUUCACAUAGUACAUACAACGAAAGUUGUAAGCAGUUUGCAUGCGACAAAUCGACCAUUAGGUAUUUAUAAUUUUUUUCUUGCUUUUCACUUUGUAAAAUAAAAGAACUAAAUAAGCAAUGUAUAUGUGUUUAUACUGUCCGCAAUAUAUCGCAAACCGUAUCAGACAUGCAUAAUUUCGUGAUGGUUUGUGCAACAUUUUUGAGGCCAAAAUGCUGUAAGGUUUUCUGGGUUGGGAACCCAUGAACAGCAGACCUGAAUCUCUAACUUAAAAUGUAAUAAAACAAGCCGAUAACAGAGAAUAUUGCGUUCUAGUUUACCAUAAUUUCUUAUUUCACCACAGUCUCUGGGUUCUACCCUUGCAUUCACAAAUCACGAACGAAGAGCAAAGUCAAGUUUUUCGAAACCCACCGAAACCACAAGAAGGAAAACCAAGAUAUAGGAAGGUGUGUUAUAGUGUGAAAGUCUAGAGGCUGUCAUGAUCAAGUCAUAGCGAUAGUCUGGUGCAUAUGUUUGGAGUUGUCUAAAACGCACAAGUUCUAGCAAACUUGCGGAAGACUUGUAACAAUGCUGUUCCAACAACUUGUCAACAGAAUGUGUUUGCUCUGCUUGUUGACAAUAGACUUGUUACAAGUUGUUCCAAGAACUUGUUAUCGUCCUGCAAAUCAACAAUUUGUCUACAAGUUGUGACUGACAACCUUGUAGUAACUUGAUAAAAUAACAGCAUUGUUACAACUUGUUGACAAGCUUGCUACAAGCCUGUUGCGAAUAUUUCUUGACAAGUUGUGAGAUUUUUACUUGUGUGGCAGGCGUUUGUUAAAAAUACAAGCUGACACACACGUAAAACGCACAGGUUGUUACAGGUCAGCAAACAACUUGUUACAAAUCUGUUCACAAGUCGUGUUCGCACUGCUUGUUCACCAGUUGUUGUAACAAGUUUGGGACAAGCUGUUAACAACUUGCAACAAGCUUGAUGGCAUUAUCAGACUUGUUACAAGGUUGUUCUAACAAGUUUCAUACAAUCUUGAUAUAACAAGAGUGUUACAAGGUUGACCACACAAGUUUGUAACAAUAUUGUUAUAUCAUGACUGUAUAUCGGACUUGUUGGAACAACCUUGCAACAAGUCUGAUAAUAUCAACAAGGUUGUUACAAAUUGUUAACUAACAGCUUGUUUCAAACGUGUUGACAACAAGGGGAACACAACUUGUAGACACCUUACCUUGUUGGCAGAUAUGAGAUUUGGCAGUUACUGCAAUAUGUGAGAUUUUUACGCGUGUUAUGUAGCUUGGCGGGUGUGCCCGAUAUAAACAACAAUUAUAAUUUGAAUUUUUAGAUUAUUUUGUCAACCAAUAUCGCCGAAAGUUCAAUUACUGUACCUGAUGUGAAAUACGGUAAAACACGCUAAUUUUGCAGCAUGUUCAUGAGGAAUUCGUAUAGCUCAAUAUCCAGAUAUGUGUCUACUGCUUUUUAUAUGAUAUAUAAAAAUAAUGUAUUACUUUGUAGUGAUUGAUUUUUGCCUUGUGAAGUGCCUCAUUUGUGACCCAGAGACAAAUUAUCAAAGUUUGAGAAUGCAAUGGUCCUCUCAUGCUUCGGCUACUCAACGUAAAGGUGAGUUUUUGUGUUUUAUUUUAUGCAAAAUAUGAUCCAAAGUGCUGUGUACCAGUCACCAGUGCUAACUCAUUCAAGAGCAUUUGACUUAUUUUAUUUCCCCCCUAUGUACAACAUUACAUAACCAAACAAUCAAGAUAAUAUUUACAAGUGAUAAGGCCAAAGAACUGUUAGAAACCUUAACAUGCUUUUGAUUUAGGCCUCUAGUAAUAUUCAAUAUAAAUUACAUAUUGAAAUUACUUCUUAUAAUACAGUCAAAUGAAAUAAAGGAAAGAAAUGUUUUAAAGUACAGUAUAGGAUAUUUACAAACGAAAAGAAGCAGAAUUGUGUUCUAUUUAAUAAAAUAUGAAGAUAAAAAUGUGUGCUGCUACCUGUAUAUGUAUAGGUUAUUUUGAGGCAACGAGGGGAUAUGUGAUUUAUUCACCGAGGCGCGCAGCGCCGAGGUGAAUAAACACAUAUCCCCGAGGUGCCUCAAAAUAACGUACUUAUUUUUCACACUGCGAGGUCGCGUUAAUGAGUCAGAAAAGAAAUAAUUCUUAAUGCCAUAUUGCCUUCGCGAUGUUGUUUUUCCUCAUUUUUUGUGCUGCAAAGACAUUGCAGGUGAAAUAUUAGAGGGGAUUAUUAAUUGCAGGUGAAUAUUAGAGGGGAUUAUUAAACGGAAAUUGAUUAGAGGGGAAUAUUGAUUAUAUUCCCCGACAAGAACAAAGGAAACCGAGCAGGGUGAAAAAUAAGAUGAGACAUUGUCCUAUAUUUAUUUGAAAAACCUACACGCAGCAUUCCAAUAUACUAUAAUUACAAGUGAUUUAUAUGUUUUAAUUGGUCUAAUUAUGAGUCGAUAACUACUUUCAUUAAAAAAUAUUGUUUUUUGAAUUUUCAGGUCGUGCUGGUCGUGUGUCGGCAGGGAAAUGCUUUAGAUUGGUGACAAAGGAAUUCUAUGAAAAAUGCAUGGAACCUUACUCAAUUCCAGAAUUUAAAGUAAGAAAAUAUUGAAUCAUGCACAGAAGUCUUACCUGAUAAUUUGAAUCUAUUCUCAGAAUGUUGACCGAAAAUAUCAACAUUCUGAGAAUGGAACGUCAAAGACAUUCAAAUAUAAACUGCCGUGGUCUGUAUUUGCUUGAUUUAUUAAAUUACAACGAAUGUGUUAUAUUUAGCGUGCUCCGUUGGAGCAAAUCAUUCUUAAAGUGAAGUUACUGGAUCUUGGUGCUCCUAAGUCCAUCUUGGCUCUGGCACUUCAGCCUCCUGAUGUCCGCGAUAUUGAGAGAACAAUCCUGAUUCUUAAAGAGGUCAGUAAAACAUUAGGUAGAAAAACAAUUUAGCCUCCACCCCCAUCUGACCAGUUAGGGGAGGCAACAAGGUUACCACUGGGUUAAGCCUGAGGGUAGAGUUUUGUUAUUUGAUGGAUAUCCCUGCCCUGUCUUGACAUGCUUGAAAACUCAUUCAAAUGGCAGUAGGUUCUCUCGUGUGGUUCGAGAGUUUUUCUCCAGCACCUCUGGUUUUCCUCCUUCUUUAAAAACAAACCUUUUGGACAUACAUGUAGCUAUCGCUCCGUGAUCAGGCAUCAUGCAGCCAUGCCGAGACUGCCUUUGUCAAGGUCACAUCCGAGCUGCGUCCUUCGCUGUUCAAACUCUCAGUUGCGAGCAGGCUUUUAGCCAGAAGGGCGUCCUGAGACGCCCCUAGAACAAAAAAUGGACGCCUUUGGACGCCUAAAUUCUGGGGAGAAAGGGAAAUUAUUUUCAAUGAUUUCCCUAAUUCUCAUUAUUAUUAUACAUUUGACAUUUUGAUAAAUUUGAUGGUGUACCUGGCUGAAUGAAAAUGUCGUAGUUACCUGUAAUUAAGUAAAGAAGCAUAGCGGCACAAACUCACAAAGCCAAGUGUGUUUGAAAAAUUUCGAACGAGCUUGGAACAGAUACUGACAUGAAGUAACGUAAACUUCAAAGGUUUUCCAGAGGAACAGUUUCUCGCCCCCCCCCCCCCUGUAGAUGUUUCGUUAUACAAAAAUUGGACGCCCUCUUUUAGGACCCUGGUUAAAAGCCAGGUUGCGAGUGAUGAUGACUGGCACCCCCCACUCACCUACCUUUAACUAUAUUAUUAUUCAACAGCUUGGUGCUCUGACGACCAAGAUGCGAAAUGGUAUAAUCAAUCCUUUCGAUGGAGAACUGACCUUUCUUGGACGUGUUCUCGGAGAUAUGCCUUGUGACAUCCGUAUCGGGAAGUUGCUUGUCUUGGGUCAUGUCUUCGGCGUCUUGGAGGAGGCUAUAGUGAUAGGUUCGUUUCGAAAUACUUGCAAUGAUAGCAAUUUUAAGGUGGGUGGGUUGUAUUGACCGAUUCGAAAACUACCUACCAAAAGUUUGCAUUAUUCUCUAUUUUAUACAUUACCAGGCUGGGAAACGAUUUUUCAACAGAGACUGCUAUUUAAAGCAAAGUUUUAAGAGUUCAAAAUUAAAAAUAACCCAUGCAAGCAAAAUUAUAGCCCUUUGGAAUGUUCAAAGAGAACCAAAACGAGGCUAGUCAGGCUUGUUUGUUAAAUCUAGCAUAAAUUUCGGUAUUUUUAACAUUUCGGUAUUAUAUUUAUAUUUUGCAAUUUGCAAAACUGUUAUCUUUUGCAUCAGAGGGAUAAUGUUGAAUACAAAGGGGUAAUAUUGAACAAAUAAAGACAAACAAACAAACAAACAAACAAACAAACAAACAAACAAACAAACAAACAAACAAACAAACAAACAAACAAACAAACAAACAAACAAACAAACAAACAACAAAACCGAAGUUUUCAAAAUGGCGGCUAGCCGUUGUGUGGCAUUAUACUGAUAAAGAAAUAAGCGAAAUUAAAAUAAAUUCAGUCCCAAAAAACACAAAAAAUACUAAAACAAUUAUUCGCCUCAGGCUCGGUGAUUAUCGGGGAAUAUUCACCUCGACUUCGUCUCGGCGAAUAUUCUCCGAUAAUCACCUCGCCUUCGGCGAAUAAUUGUUAAAUAUUAUUGGCACUACCCACACUGGCACAGACAGCUCAAGAUUAUAUCUUUGGCAACACGGACGCUGAAGCUGUAUUUUGCUUGUGAUUUGUCUUGAUGAAAACGUUCGUGUUCUUCGAUAAUUUUGAAGACGUGAAUGAUAUUUGGUAUAAAUUAACUCAAAGUUUAUGUCUUGUAUCAGAUAUACAAGCUCCUUCAUGGUCAUGAUUUUCUUUUUUCCUCAUGAAUUACCGAUUAAAGUUUAAAAAAAUUAUCCUGAAUUAUCUUCCAGGUGCUUGUCUUAGUCAAAGGUCAUUUUUUUCUCAACCGUUUAAACAAGAGUUAAGUACUUACAGGUAAAAUAAUGGUUAAUUUCUAUGUCCAUAUGUUUUCUAAUUUGCAGUACGCAGUACUAUCAUUUGCCAAUAGAGAGGUUAAGAUACCCCGGUUUCGGUGUACGGGUACGAGUAGUGUCAUCUUGUUUUACUGAUGUCUGUAAUUCCAUCAUACUUUUUCUGCUUUCUUGCAAUAGACAAUGAUAUAAUGCGAAAAAUGUGCACCUUAAUUACGAGUAAAGGUGCAAACAUCGACGAAAAUAUUGCUAACCAAAAUCAUGCUACCCGUACACGUACACCGAAACCGGUGUAUCUUAACCUCUCUAAUAUCCACCCCCACCCGCUUUCCAUGCCUAGAGGAGGGGGGGGGGGGUACACCCUCCCCUACAUCUCCAGUAAAUCCAUCCCUAAUACCUUAUGCUGUACGUAUUUUUACAGAUGGAAAAUGUCCUGGUCAAAUUAUUCCAACAGUGAUUGUCUUGCUUCACUUAAUGCUUAUAGAGUAAGUUUAAUGUAUCCAAGUAUCUAGUGUAGGUAAUCCUCCACAAUAAACUGGUGUGUGAUCAUACCGAAUUUUUUACUCAAGGAAUGGAAGAAAUUGUGUGACACUCGAGGUUUUGGAAGAAAGGUGAGUAUAUAGACUUUCUUACUGCCAAACUGACUUUAUGUAUACUUUAUGACUCUUUCAGUUCUGAAGUGUUCUCCCUAGAGAUCCAGUAACGAUCAUCCCGAUAGCAACUGCUUUACUCGGUACAAGUGGUGUUUUUAAUUUUUAGGGAGAAAUUGGUUGGUGUAAAUCCAAAUUUGUUCAGCGAAACAGAAUUCACGAGGUAUUUGAACCUGGCGUUUUAAACACCUUCAAACAUUCAAUAAUUCAUGAAGAAAAUUCAAAAGAAACGAAUGUUUAAUCAAUGUUUGUAAAUCGGAUAAAGAUUUGUCCUGAUUUACUUCAGCUUUGAUUUUCUCGGCUUAGACAAUGUUUAUUUUUAAAAUUACUUCGCCAAUGAAAUCGGCUGCUCAUGUUUUAUCUAGUACUUAACGAAACCAAUGUGACUGAAUGGACUCCCUUUAACGGAAGUUUGUCUCCAUAAUACAACCACAGCCAUUUUCGUUGUCUCAAUGUACAGUGUUAACUCGCAUUAAGUACUUUCACUGUGUUUUGUAGGUUGAGAAGGUAGUCAACGAACUUACUGAAAGACUACAGAGAUUUAACAUACGCACAUUUCGGGCUUUGCAUCAAAGGUUAAUAUGAUUGUUGUUAUCAGUUUGAUAUUUAAUUUGGAUCUUGACUAAAAGUACACACGAGUGACACUAAUUCUGCUGUGAAUAUAUUUUUACAGUUUUGUAUUUACUAUAUAAUUUUAGGAGACACGAUUCUACUCAGCACGAUGAGCUGAUUUUAAAGGUUUGUCAAUCGACUGUACUCUGUAGUAGUUUAUUUCGUUCGCAAUUUUUCCUGAAUUUCGAUGUUAUUAGGUUGUUAUCUGCGGCAGUUUCUAUCCCAAUUAUUUCACGUCUGGUGAAAUAGAUGAACGCGAAGCGUUGAAGACGAUGUCAGGACAUGAUCCUUUCACCACCGUCAUGGUAAGUUGCAACUUGAAAACAUUUAACAGCACUUUUACGAAUGGAGGACAACAACUUUGCCGUGCAGCUGAUUGUGUAUAACUUCCAACGCACCUCGAUUCUCGCGCGUGCGUCACGCAACCAGUUAGCACAUCAAAGCGCCUGGGACGAGGCUGUAUAACUAGGAAGAGAUUAUUUCGCUGGCCUCAAAGUGACAAAACGUAACAAAGCAACGGUUUUACUAACACUAAUCCUACUCCAAACACCAACUCUAACCAUAACCCUAACCUAACCCUACUACAAAUUUGUUUCUAAACCAAUCUUGAAGAAAAAGUUUUGACGAAAUGUCAUUCUGAGGUCAGCGAAAUAGUUGAUGCCCUAUAACUUCAGAAAUGUUAACGUUUACACUUACUUGGCUUGUGAGUGACGUCACAACGCAUCAUGUGGAGUAAUUUGUUACUUCCACUAUUUUGGGUGGCAAAUAUUUAAAGCUAAAUACAAACAUACACGGCAUCAACGACCUUGGCUAUGGAGCCUCGUUUUCGUGGUUGAGACGUUGGGCUUUGACUGAUGUCACAUACACGAGAAUGAGGCCCUAUGGCCAAAGUGGCGUACUUUCCGGAAUGAUGUAUUUGCUGUCAACGGACCUAUUCCCUAAUGAACAAAAUAUUGAUCUAGACAAACAUUUCACCACAGCUUGAAAGAGCAUCACAAAAUUAGUAAUAUUCCGAAGUUUCGUUGCGAAAUGUUGUAAAAUGCGGAAAAUAUAACACUGCGAAGUUUGCCGUUCUUCUGUCAUUUUGUAUUACGCAUGGGAAACUGACACCGCUUUCUGAAAAAAGGUAUCAAUUUCCCGUGCAUAAUACAACAUGACUGAAAAAUGACCGCAACGCAACUUCGGAAUAUUAAUAAUUUUGUGAUGCUCUUUCAAGCCGUGAUAAAAUUUUUGUCUAGACAUGUCUAGAUCAAAAUGUCGUUCAUUAGGUAAUAGGUCCAUUGGAGCUUUAUUGUUUAAUCUAGGUAAAAGGUUUGCCAAUAUAUGGACAACAUUAUAACAGUGCCAUCGCAAGAAUGUUCAGAUCCUGUGGGCAAGGGAAGAAUCUUUACUUCGAAGGAAGAAGGUGAGAGAAACUUUCAACACACGUUUUUAUUUUUUGAGACGUUUCUCAAUCGAAAUGAUUUUUUAGCUGUAAAAUAAUGCUAAAAUGAAGAGAUUUUAGAUUGUACGCCAAAGAGAAAAUUAUGUCUGAAGUUCGUGAUGUUACUCUAGUGUGCAUCCACACCGGGCAAGCUGAAAAGUUUGCCUGACCAAUUUUACAAAUUGACAAUUUUUUACUAUCAUUUUAUAUUUUUCAACCGGCAAAUACAUUUAAAAAGGCAGCAAACUGCAUAAACUAGAAAAUAAAGCUAAAACAACGCAUUUUUGACAGGUACAACGCCAAAACUGAUUUCGGUUUUGAACACUUUAUAAUAUAUCUUGUUCUGCAGGAGAUAGAUUACUUAUUAAUUUUACUUUCUACAUUACAGGGCUUACAUAGAAUUUGAAAGACCACAGAACUCCUACUUUCCAAUCCUACCUGCUGUUUACCUUGCUUUGAAAAUGAGGUUUAGUAUAAUUUUUUUAACAUUAAUUAAGGCAACAUUUAUGAAAAAAUUAUUUUAGAACGCUCUGAAUGCUUUCGUAGGUAUCUGCAAAUGCCAUUGACGUUGUACAUUGCGGAGGACAAUCAGAAACGGAUGAUCGAGAGAACCGCCAAGAAAGUUGCAAACAGUCGGGCAAAAUCUUUGAGAACUGAUAGGUAUCGUUUAUUUCUUUAUGGCUUUAUUGUUAAAGUACCUAUGACACGAAAUUUCACCCCAAAUGUUUAUGAUGUACUAUUUAAAAAACGAGCAGGAGUGUUUUAUUAGGUUUAAAGCCACGAGCGCGCAGCGCGAGUGGCUUUAGACCUAAUAAAACACGACCUGCGAGUUUUUUAAAUGGCUUCAAAAACGUUUGCAUAAUAAGUCAAAUCUUUAUAUAAAAAUCAAAUCUUUAUAUAAAAAUCUUUAUAUAAAAAUCUUUAUAUAGUUUGCAUAACAAUGGUCUUUUGUUAAAGUGUUCUUUAGCUGGUAUAAAGACGUAUGCACGUGACUAAUUUCUUACUCAAGAUUGGAUAAUUGCUUCAUGAAUUAUUAAUGAGUUUUUGAAUGCAUUAUAAAGAUCACUUAAAAUGACUUAAUAAUUUCUUUUAUAGAAUUUUGGUAACUUGCUUCCUUUGCAAGAUAUUCAACUUUGUUUCAUAUGCAAAUAUCACCGGUGUGACAUCACAUCGCAUAAUGCAUUUUGAAAACGCCUUGAUAAAAUACCUUGAUAAAAUAAUUUACCUUGAUAAAAUAUUUUUACAAACAAAUACAGAGGGUUAAUUACCAGUUAUGAAAUUAAUAUAUAUACAAGGGCAAUUUUUAAGUUUUUUAGAUACGUAUUCGUCAAGAAAACUAUACUUUUCUGCAAACUCAUUAUGUGAUGUGAUGUCACACCGGUGAUAUUUGCAUAUGAAACGAAGUUGAAUAUCUUGAAAAGGGAGCAAGUUACCAAAAUUCUAUAAAAGAAAUUAUUAAGUCAUUUUAAGUGAUCUUUACAAUGCAACCAUAAACCUUUGGGAUGAAAUUUCGUGUCAUAGGCACUUUAAUUAUUUUAAUUUUGUAUAUCAAUAGUUAAGAAAUUGACCGCCAUCUGUUAUCGUGUAACACUUUACUGCAACCCACCUAUACUUUUCAUUUGUGCAGGGUGAUGGCUUCCAUCAAGGAUUCCAAUGAAGCACAGAAGAAAGAUGAACCUCAGGAGGUAUAGUGUACUGUAGAUAGGAAUGUUCGGUAUCAGAGAAAUUUCCGGUAUCGGUAUGCCGAAAAAAUUAUACCGAUAUUAUCGGUAUACCGAAAAAAUUAUACCGAUAUUAUCGGUAUACCGGUCUUCCUGAAGGAAAUUUUGAAUAAUUCUAAAAGGGAAAACGAUAAUUUCGAAGCUGUUUCGAACGACACGUACUCAGUGUAAAAUCUCACUGAAGUGGAAAUUCUAAAUCAUUGCAGUAGAAAGUUCUUUGAAUUGCCAUUCAGUAGUAAAAUAAAGGUUAUGGUUUCGCCAUAUAGUUGGUAAAUUUAAUACAGAUACCGAAAAAUUCCGGUAUAUCGGAAAAAUCGGUAUAUUGGUAUGGUUGAAUAUCCGGUAUCGAUAUACCGAUAUUGAUUUAAUACCGAUAUUUUCGGUAUAUCGGUAUACAGAACAGUCCUAACUGUAGAUUCUCCUUGAAGGCUAUGGGUCAGAGGGCAAAUGGUUGCAUUUUUCGAGACUACUCCUGGCUACGUCUAAAUAACAGACCAUUUGAUUUUGAUGGGGGGGGGGGGGCGGAGGCGCGUUUUGUUCGAUUUUUUCUGGCCUCUACGACUCCGCACGAUAUUUUUUCCGAAUUUUUGUGAUAUAUUGGUUUUACAAACUUGCUGUGCUCGAUAUUUUUUUCAUCAGUUCGGGGCAUGCUUGAUAUUUUUUUUUGGGAUUUGCGCUCCUCGUCCAACAAAAAUCAAAUGGUCCGUUCCUUAUUUCAAUCAAGUGGGAUGCCCAAAAAUCCUGGUAUUCAAAGACACUAGUACUCUAUGUAAUUUUAACGUUUUGUCUGUUCUUCGUAGUUGGAGCUACAAGAAGUUGGUUUUAUGAACGUGUAUGUUUCUGAGGUGAGGCUUACGCUGAUAGGUUAUUAUACAUCAAGACAAAUGCCGCGCACAGGGGCUGCGCUAACCCUCUUCUAGUGGGGGGGGUUGAGUGAUCUUUUGCCGACUGUUUGGUAAUUUUGCCGAGUCAUUAGCCUAUAGUAAAUGUGCAUGUUUAAAUGCGCUUUAUUAUUACCCUCUUUAUUACCCUCUAAAGGCCGCGAAGCGACCUUUUUCCUUUGUCGGCAUCCAUUUUGCCAUGUCUUGCUGACGUAAUAAGUGAUACCGACAAAGGAAAAAGGUCGCUUCGCUAGUGGAAAACCGACUUUAUUGCCUCUUUUAUAGAACAGUAAUAAACAACAACAACAACAACAACAACAACAACAACAACAACAACAACAACAACAACAACAACAACAACAACAACAACAACCAAACAAAUUUAAUUACCUAAUUAUGAUUUCAAUAAUAUUAUGUUUUUGGACUGAAAGAAGUGAAGAUACUGUAUUGGAAAGAAUUUGCAUUGCUGCAUGUGUGGUUUCUUUGAUGCAUGCUAGUCGUGAUAUUCGGUUUGAAUUCAAUUAUUCAAGAAGUCAAUUUUGGUUUCUUCAGUGGUUAUCUUUAACCAAUCCAGUUUUGCCGACUGAGAUAACAAUUUGCCGAUUUGCCCCCCGCCCCUGUAGCGCCGCCCCAGGCCGCGCACUUCAAUCUCGACAUAAGAUAACACUGAUUAUUAAUCAGUUCAGAUUGUGAGUGUACGAAUAAUUACGCCAUUAUUCUUGUAGGUCAUUGAUGCAGGACAUUUCUGGGCUCAGCCUGGAGAAACGGAAUAUGCAGCCAAACUUUCCAAUCUUAUGACGGAUAUUAACGACAACAAUAGCUUUCAGCUUGAGGUCAGUACAUAACAUAAAAAUUUAAUCAUUCGAAUGAAGUCGCUUUGUGAAGAUCAAAUUUUACGAACUGUUGGAUCCAUUUUGAAGUAUUCAAACAGGGAUGAGGUCAAACAAGGUAGUCACGCGACCCUGGUUAGCUGUUCUUAAUGCUUUCCCAGAGAUGCUUUCCCAACACUAUCAUGUUAAACUAAAACAUAUAGUUAUAACACUCAUCAUAGCCUAUCGAAGGGAAGAUGGCUGUGAAACUUAUUAGAAUAACAAUAUAACUCAUUAUCUUUGUUGGUCAACGUUUAUUCAUAAAUCUGGUCCUUCACCGUCACGUGUGUACCCAACUAACCAAUAGGAAUGUUUUAGGAAAGUCACCUAUCCGUGACUCGAACAAUAGGGAAACUGGAAAUUGCUAUUGGUGGAUUUGGUAAAAAGACAAUACACACGUGACGGUGAAAGGACCAGAUUAUGAAUAAACGUUGAAUAACAUAAAUAAUGAGUUACAUUACGGCCAUUUAUACGGAACAAAAUAAGACGCGACUUAAAUAAGACGCGAGUUUGUCGUAUAAAAGGUACAAAAUUCUUAUGUAAGACGCGUCUUGGAUAAGACGCGUCUUACAUAAGAACAGGCCUUUUAGCUGUUCUUAUCUAAGUCGCGUCUUAAAUAAGAAGUUUUGGACAAAAAGUCUAACUACACAUGCCAGAAACUUGAAACAACGUAAAAUUAUUAGCCUUGCAUAUUAAAACAAAAACAAACAAAACAACAUUAUAGCUAUAGCAAAUAAAUAAGACCAAAGCCGUAGAGAACCAUUUAUGCGAUAACUCCGCUUAUUUAAGUCACGUCUUAUGUAAGUCGCGACUUAUUUUGUCCCGUAUAAAUGGCCCUAAUGUUAUUCUAAUGAGUUUCACAGCCAUCUUCCCUUCGAUAGGCUAUGCACUCAUCAAACCAUUACAAUGUGUGACUGCCAACUCUCAUCAAUUCUCGUUUGUCCGGGGCUUGCAUCUUGAAUUCUCAGUAUUAAAUGAUUUUGUUUUUAGCCAAUGCCGUCCUAUGUUCCACCUGGUUCGCUGUGUUUGGCGCUCUUUCCGGAGGACGAACUAUUUUAUCGCGCCAAAGUCAUAUCUUGGAAGAAUAAUCAAGUCGAAGUGAUUUAUGUUGACUAUGGAAAUAUUGGAACCAUUCCAAUACAAUUUCUGAGAAAGAUACGUGAAGAACACACUAAACUACCAUUUCAGGUAUGUGUGGAAGGAAGGAGGGAGAGGGUGGGGCGAAAGGUGGAAGGGAGGGGUGGUGGACGAAAGAGUGAAGAGGGAAGAGAGUGAGGGAAGGAAGAAGGGUAAGAGGAGUGAAGGAAGGGGGAAAGGAAGGAGGGAGGUGGGUGCAAGAGGGAAGGAGGGAGGGGGUGGACGGAAGAAGGGAGGCAGGGGGAAGAAGGAUGGGAGACAGAAGAGGGAAGGAAGAAGGAUAACAGGUGUGAAGGAAGGGGGAAUGAAAGAAGGAAGGAUGGAGGGGGAGGGUGCAAGAGGAAAGGGGGUGGACGGAAGAAGGGAGGCAGGGGGAGACGGAUGGGAGACAGAAGAGGGAAGGAGGAAGGACAAGAGGUGUGAAGAAGAAGACAGGGGGUGAGUCAGGUAGGAAUGAAGGAAGAGUAACUGUUUGGAUGGAUGAAUAGAAUGAGAGGGAAGUGAGAAAGUAUCAGAGAAAGGAAGGAGAAGAAAAGAAAGCAUGGAAAAAGAUAUAAACGGACAGUUUAUUUAAUCUUAACCAGGCAUUUGAGUGUCGUUUGUGUUAUGUCCGCCCAGCAUUUGGGGAGUGGGAUGUCGAGGCGAACGAUCGAUUUAAAGAUUUAACUUGGAAUAAGCAAUUGGUUGCCAAGGUAAAAACUCGUCUUACCUUACAUGGGGGUGUACUUUAGAGGUAAAUAAUUGCCUUAUUCGUCAAGAUUUACUGCGAGCAAUGUCGUGCAGCAGAUGAUGGUCAACCUGCAGUUAUUAGAAUGAAAAAGAGUAAUAUUACUUCAUUUAUUCCAGAUUUUUUCUCGACUCCAUGGCGCACUUCGUGUUGAUCUCAUUGAUACAGUUUCAUCUGAAGAUGACAUUCAUAUACAUCAAGUUUUGAUUGCCGAAGGUUUUGCUCAGGCCACAGAUGAAUCUUACGAUUCCAUUGUAAGUUCUAGUGCCUAGAUUUCUCCUUAUAAGCCUGGUUCACACUAGCAAUUUUGUCGGCGAUUUUGUGUUUCUGACUGAUGCAAUUGAGUGAACUCGCACAUAAAAGUAUAGAGUCGCUUUUCAGAAGUAAACAAGUGUUUUACAUGUCAUUCAUUGCUUGUACUUAUUACUUGCUCGCAGGAAAUGUUAAACAGCUGCAGGAAAUUCAUUUGAAUGAGAUUCGCUAUUGAAAAUUUGAAGGAAACCUUAACAGCCAUGUAACAUAUGGUUGACAGACAUUAUUUCUUGAAUUUAAAACCAUGGACAGCUUGAGAACACUAUGUGUUUAUGCACAUGCAGAUAUAGCACAAAAAUUCCCUGUUGGUCUGCAAUAAUUUUUUGUCUCCAGGUUGUGCUCCCAGGAAAAAAUAAUUUUUUUGAAAAAAUUUGUCUGACAUUGGUCAGCAUUAGCCUUGAUUGUGAUCAGUUGGCAUUGCCAUAACACACUAACAUUUCAAGAACUAAUAUAUGUGGGCAACGGACGCUAUUUUUGGCCUGUCAGGGAACCAGAACCACAUGAUAUUGCAGGAAUCGAACCUUGAUCACAGAGGUCAAAAGCACAUGUACUAACCAGUCAUCUGUACUAAUGGUUAAUUCCUGUAUUGGUCAACUCUAGCGUGCUCAUGAAGAUGCCGUAGCUCGCCUUGAAGUAAGAAAUAGCCUUGGUGCUAACGAUUACGACAGUGAGACAACUGGGUGGAUCGAGUCUGAUUCAACUUUAGCUGAUGCUCAGUUGACUGGGAACUAUGAUGACAAAAAAGACGUGGUUACCAAGGUAACAUAUUGUUCGUGCUAUUAGAUUUGCAGAUCUAAGAGAAUUUUUGAAUGUUAGGUCCCAGUUUAGGUAGCGUCAGACGAUAUUUACGAGGAUGGUACAAGGAUGCAACAACUUGAAACAUGUGGAAAAUAUUUUGACGUUUCAAAGAAAGACCCUUCCUCUUGAAAUUGGUUAUCGAAGACUAUAUCUCAAAGUCGUUAAUAAUUCAUGAUUAAAUUAGCCAACCAUAUUGCUUUAUUUUGCUCACAUGAUUGAUAAUACUGGAUACCUGAUGAAGUAUAUUGAUCCAGUCCUACGACUGGAUCAAAAUUAAUUCAGUCCCUGGACUGGAUCAAAAUUAAUUCACUAGUGAUUUAUGUCAUUUCAAAUCCUUCAAUUCGGACUGGACUAGAUUUCAAGUCCUCGCAUUUUGAUCCAGUCCUUGGCUUCAACUCGGACUUGAUCAAAUUGCGAGGACUUGGAAUCUAGUCCAGUCCUCAUAGUCGGUUUGAAAUAUUACAUCACAUGCUAAGGGACGGACCAUUAGAAAAGUGAUGGGGGGGGGGGGAUGGGACAUUUCCAACCUGUACGAUUAUUUUUUCAAAAAUUUUUUUUUGUGUCGAUAAUUUUUUUUUAAUCAUCCCUUGCUCGAAUUUUUUUUUUCAAAAAAGUGUUGGCGAGGGGGGGGGGAGAGGUUAACAUUUUUUCAGGACACUAAAAAAAGGGUCAAAAAAUUUUUAACGGACUAACAUCAGUUAAGUUAAGGAACAAAAAAAUUUUCCCUCAAAAAUUCUAGUUAAAGCAUGCUUAAAACCUUUUUUUGCACCAAUAUCUUCAGUAUUUAGGUUUAGAAACUUUUUUUUCUCACACCAUUACUUAUGUCAAAAAACGUUUUAUUUUCCAAAUUUGGGGGCCACCCUUACACAGCUUAUAAUUUUCCCCAUUGAAAAGUCUCUGCACGAAUUUUUUUUUAACUUUUCGUGCUCGAAUUUUUUCUGUUUCGAGCAGGGGCUCGAUUUUUGCUCCCCCCCCCCCCACAUCACUUUUCUAAUGGUCCGCCCCUAAUAGCUAAAUUUUCUAUUGACAGGUAACGCUUGGUGGUCCAUUCAAUCCCUAUGAGAUGCAGUUCUACAGUAUGACGUGUGUUGGAAGAUUAAGGUACUGUAUACUAAAGAGACAACUGCGGAGAGAUGCAAAUACCUGAAAUAUAUACGCAGAACUUCAACGUUUCGAGCGAAGGCUUGUCGUCGGGAUGGUAGAACGAAAGAAAGGCCUUCGCUCGAAACGUCGAAGUUCCGCUUGGUAUUUUUCAGGUAGUUGUAUCCCUCUCAAUCCACAACUGUCUUGUUAUUGUCGCUAUACCUACAAUGGCACAGACCGCUCGAGAUUAUUUUGUAAACUAAAGCCCUGGGCAAACUAGGAAACAUUGUUUCCUGCCAAUAUUUCGCCAUGUUUCCCAGAGUGGGCAAACACUAGGAAACAUUAGUGAGAAACAUAGGUAAACAUCAAAUGUUUCUGAAUUCGCUAGGAAACAUUUUUGCUUCUCGGGAAGCAAAUUUUGUUUUCACAACAAUGUUUCCACGGGUGGGCAAACAGGAAACAUUUGUGGAAACAUCGAGAAUCACAAAUGUUUCCACAACAAUGUUUCCUAGUUUACCCAGGGCUUAAGGCCCCGUUCACAUGAGACCGGGACGAACUCAAACCAGAAUGAAAAUUGAAAUUGUCAACAUGUUUACACGAGACCUGUACGGAAAUCACAAAAUUUCAAUGUAUUCCCCUUGCCAGGCAAUUUUCUUUCUUAGAUGCUUUUGUUAGCAUGUGUGUUCCAAUGUCAAGGUUACAGUCGAGACCAGUCUGAAAUGUAGUUGUGUUUACAUCCAUCCCAGUCUGAAUUCAUGCCGGUCUGAAGUCAGUCUGUUCUGUCCAGCAGGCGGAAUGACUUGAGACUGGUCUGAGUUAUUUUCGUCCCGGUCUCAUGUAAACAUCUAUUAUAAAUAAUACUAUAUGACCGAAACGAAAUGGUCCCGGUUUGACUUCGUUCCGGUCUCAUUACUCUCAUGUAAACGGGAGCCUAAAUGUCAGUCAUUGAUAUGUAAUGAAGUAAAAACUUAAAACCAAAUCUUGACUUUCUCAUUUAGAGCCACGAAGAUCGAGCGAGAUUCAGUGAACAGUGUGGCUUUGAACGAUGAACCUCAAGAUAAACAUGACCGUUUCCUGGUCGCCUCCAACAUUGGAAUUAAUACCACGGGCACUGUCAUGAUCGCAAGGUAACGAUCCUGAGUUUUGAUAACGAGAUCCAGGUAAUGAUCCUGGGACACUCAGAGAAAACAUGUAGUCAUUCAACGCUGGAAAUAGACCCAUUGCACUGACGUCACAAAUCCUUAGAGUGUCCUCCAGAUGCUCCCUAACAAUAUCUGUUCGGUUACAACAACCACAUACAGCGCAAACAUUAACCAUUUUAAUACAAAAUUAUUAUAAAUUUUUACAAAAUUUGCUUUGUUUACUAAAGUUAUAUUAUACAUAGAUUGCUAAUUUGUCCUCCAGAUGCAUCGCCACCGCCGCUGUGACGUCAUACGCAAUGGGUCUAUACCAUAAACUUCACAAUGGACGAUGUAGGAUGCGCAAUAUAGGAAUGAUAGCACUGAUUAGUGCUGAGGUGUAGGGAUAGAAAUUUGCGGUGUUCAAAUGGAAAAUAAUUUACGCCCUGUAGUGCCGGGAUAAUAUGAAACUAACGGCCCAUUUUUACUCAAGAAAAAAUUUCCAUGGACAGAAAAUUUCCGAAAAUAUCAUUGUUAAAAAUUGAACAUUUUCAACUUUACAAAAAAAAUUUCCGACGGACAAUUUGUGUUGGCCAAUCACAUUUUACAAAUUUUUCUUUCUGCAGAAAAUUUUCCUGAGCGGAAACGGGCCUUAAUUAUACUGCUUUUUGACAUGCCAGUGAUCUGACCUUGUAGGGUAUUGUUUAUUUGCAGGGACACGACAUUGAUGCCAAAUAUUCAUGGCUUAGCUGCUCUUGUUGGCCUGGUCUUCGCUCCCUGUGCAGAAUUCAGGACAGAUAAAAACAAAGACCGUUACACUGGUGCUAUUAUUGGCCUGGGUUCAGAUCCCACUACAGGCGAGGCAUUACUACCUGAUCAUGAUAUUGAACUCUCAUUUGACUUUGCCUUCGUGCAAGACGAUUUGGUGAAAGUAUGUGUUCGCUGAUUUUUUAUUGGUUGGUUUCAGUAAUGAUAUUAAAGUACAUGGAUAGGAAACUAGCUGACGUGACCUAAUGUUUUCAAUGGGAUGAUGGCGUUGAAACCUAGUUGCAAACCAAAUUCUCAAAAACGGCAUGUUUAGCGAUAAUGCAGCUAAACAUUUUAGUCAAAGAGCAAAUAAAUAUAACCUAAGCCAUUCUACGAAGAAAUCUCUAAGUAUUCCCGGUCAAUUUUAGCAAAUAUUUCAAGCACUAAACAGUGAAAAAUGCAUCGCAAAUUUCGUAAAAAUUGGCGACGCCAAUUUCGUAGCUACAAAUGUUAAAAAAUACAAAACAAAGACGAGAAACAUUUACCUUGAAUACUUUGUCGUGCCUUAGGCAUGUUUUUAAAACAAUUAGACCAGUUUAUGCUUCAAUAUUACUCUUUUAAAGCGGAAAAUAUAGCGAAACAAGUCAAACAACAAAAAUGCUGUGAACGUUGGCAAUACACGUGACGUCACAGAUUGCAACUAGGUUUAGACUGUGACGUCAGGAAGUUUCCUAUCCAGUUAUUUUACAAUCCAUGGUUUCAGUAAUGAUAUUUACCCAUAUACCUUACCAUGACAUCACCUUAGUAUAUAUACACAGGGCUCAAAAUAACGGGAGAUAAGUCUCCGGUCAAAAUGACCGGUCAGCUCGAUUUUAGCUCGUUCAAAAUCUGUUUUUGACCGGUCACUGAUAUUUGAUACGCUAACACUAACAGUGAAACAAACUAUUAGAAACUUGUUUCGAUACAUCAUAGUUUCAUGUUUUAAUUCAAGACGUCUGCAAUCACAUUGGAAGGCAUGAAAAUGUGGCCGGUCAAAAUGACCGGUGAGGUAAAAAAGUGACCAGUCAAGAGGCAUUUUGGCCGGUCAUUGUCCGUUGACUGGCCGUUAUUUUGAGUCCUCGUACAUGAAUUUGCUGGUAGAGCACGACAACUGGACUCUGUAGCUUGGUUGGUUAGACGCUGCACCGGAAUCGCAGGUUCGAUAGCCAAUUGUAUCCAAUUCAAAGAGCCUGUUUUUCGCAGCUGUUCCUGGUUUAUGUCUAAAUAAAUGCAUAAAAUUACACUUGAAAUUUCCAUCUUCAAAAUCCUUCUUAUUUAGAGAAAUGUUGACACUUACGCCCGUAUUCUAAAAGCUCACUCACACUCGCACUCAAUGAGUGGAGGUCCAAUCUGAGCUUCUCUUGAAUGUUAAUGCUGUUUUUGAAUAGCUGGAGGGCUAGUGUCAUAACUUACUCGGUAACUACUCGCCCUCCAGUUAUUCAAAAACAGCACUGGCACUCAAGAGAAUCUCAGAUUGAACCUCCACUCAUUGAGUGUGAGUGAGCUUUUAGAAUACGGGCGUUAAAUAGGAGCGAGAAAAUUAAAGUACAUAUUUCAAUUCUAUUUAUUCGCCACCAAAUCUAACAUUACUACUUUCAUUUCAGAUCAACUCGUGUAGAAAUGCCAUAAACAUAGCUGUCGGGUCUAACGAAUCCGUAGCAGAAUGGGGGACAGCCGCUGUGCAGAAAAUUCAACAAAACUCGAGACGAGUAUUACUCGAGUAAGUUCGAGUUUCAUUUGUUUUAAUCGUUCCCGAUUAAAGUGCAUUUGCGAGAAAUUUUUUUAUGAUUGAAUUACAAAGUUAAUUUAAAAUCAUAAUGUAUGUUUUUUUCUAAAACUUUGUUAUCUUUCCUGUAUGUCAAGAUAUUGGACUUUGUUUGGCAUGCAAGCAUGACUUAAAUGACGUCAUACUGCAUAAUGUGUUUUACAGAAGACUGUUUUUACCUUGAUAAAAUUGUCACUAACUCAAAUUUGCAGACGGAAUGAUAGUUUUUCAAUGUCAGUGGACUUAUCACAUGUUUGGCAAGGAAACGUUUUCUUUAAGUCACUUUUGCAUAUCAAACAAAGGCGAAAAUCUUAACAAACAGGAAAGAUAACAAAGUUUUAGCAAAUAAGUUACAUUAUAAAAAAUCAUAAAAAAAUUCUUACAAGCUACAUGAAGUCGGGAGGGCAUCUCAUGUCUCUAAAAUUUUCUUGCAGGUUGAUUCUAAGUUCUCGAGACGACCGGCAAAUGUGUCCAAGCAGCAAAGCCUAUCAUUGGAACCAGGUAAUCACAAAAUAAAAUCGAAACCGCGUUCAUCUGCGUCACUGAGCUUCAUUGACGCUGUGGUUUCUUGCUGAGUAGUACUGGACCAAUAAGAGACGACCCUUACUGAACAUUCAAGGAGAACAGUUUAGAACUGGACCCACUGGUAGAGGUAUCCAGUAUGAAUAAAAGAGUUUAGUUUAAGUUUCCUAAACUUCGUCCUGUAGUAACACUGGAUCACCAGGGAGAAGAGUUUAGAACUGAUAAAGCUGUCCAGUAUGAAUAAAGUUAGUAUAGUUUGGGUUUCCUCCUGUAUACGUAGUAACACUGGAGCAAUAAGAGAUGAUCCUUACUGGACCUCUAGGGAGAACAGUUUAGAACUGAUAGUGCUAUACAGUAUUAAUUAAAUUGUUAGUGUAGGUUAGGGUUUUUCCUUUAGUAACACUGGAUUAAUAAGGAAUGAUCUUUACUGGAUCUCUAGGGAGAAGAGUUUAGAACUGAUAGAGCUAUCCAGUAUGAUUAAAGUUAGUUUAAUCUAGACGUGACUUGAUCGAAGAAACUUUUAUAGUGUAAAUGGCCAAACUUUAAAGAUAAACUAUCAUUUCAUUCUCCUGCACAGAUCGACAGCAAGGACUUACUCUCACCAUACCAUCAAGAGGACCUCGAAGAUGAGCAGCCAAUACUCUACCCUCUACAUUAUGGUGUCGCAGUCACUGAAGCAACGUAUGCAGAUACCAUUCCUGAUUAUGUCGUUCAACGAAGAAUGCAUGUCCAAGGAAUGCAUGAGCAAGCCGGAGGGUAGGUAGUCGUAUUACAUUGCUUAUAAAUAUCUGAGGAGGGGGC